CUAGUUUUGUUGUAUGGCCCACAGUAAAUGGUAUGCAAGUAAAUGCUGUCAAAUGCAUGAAUUCAUUGUAUGUUUUAUUUCUAGGGAAAGAGCUAACAAAUUUACAUUAACAUUAAAACGAUAUGUAUGUCUGGAUUUGGAGUGCGGAAUGCAUUUUGUCUCUGAGCUGAGAUCCUGUCUACUCUCUCUUUCAGGUACUAGAGGACACUUGUCUUAACUGGGUUGCUCUAAGGACUAAUGCCUAAACCAUCUCAGCAUGGCCUGUAGAGGAAGAGGUGGGCAUGGCCAGCCUUCCUCAGCAUCACUCUCCUGUGUCAUCCCUGGAAGUCUUCACACAUUUAGGACCUGUGCCCAUAAUGUAUGCAUGGUGUCGGACUUUUUCUACCCAAACAUGGGAGGCGUGGAAAGUCACAUUUACCAGCUCUCUCAGUGCCUGAUCGAAAGAGGGCACAAGGUCAUAAUUGUCACCCAUGCUUACGGAAAUCGCAAAGGCGUCCGUUACCUCACUAAUGGCCUCAAAGUCUAUUACUUGCCUCUGAAAGUCAUGUACAACCAAUCUACAGCCACGACCCUCUUUCACAGUCUGCCAUUGCUCAGGUACAUAUUUGUUCGGGAGAGAGUCACGAUAAUCCAUUCACAUAGUUCCUUUUCUGCCAUGGCCCAUGAUGCCCUCUUCCACGCCAAGACAAUGGGCCUCCAGACAGUCUUCACGGACCAUUCCCUUUUCGGAUUUGCUGAUGUCAGCUCGGUGCUUACAAACAAGCUUCUAACUGUGUCUCUUUGUGACACAAACCACAUAAUUUGUGUCUCUUACACUAGUAAGGAAAACACUGUGCUAAGAGCAGCACUGAAUCCUGAAAUAGUAUCCGUCAUUCCUAAUGCUGUAGAUCCUACUGACUUCACUCCAGACCCAGUUAGAAGGCAUGAUAGUAUAAUAACUAUUGUUGUUGUCAGCAGACUUGUUUACAGAAAAGGGACCGAUUUACUUAGUGGUAUAAUACCUGAACUCUGUCAGAAAUAUCCUGAUUUAAAAUUCAUAAUUGGAGGAGAGGGACCAAAGAGAAUCAUUUUGGAAGAAGUACGGGAAAGAUACCAGCUCCAUGACAGAGUGUGUCUCUUGGGAGCCUUAGAACACAAGGAUGUUAGAAAUGUCUUAGUUCAAGGACAUAUUUUUCUUAAUACUUCUCUUACGGAAGCAUUCUGCAUGGCGAUUGUGGAAGCAGCCAGUUGUGGUUUACAGGUUGUAAGUACCAGGGUUGGUGGAAUUCCUGAAGUACUUCCAGAAAAUCUUAUCAUUUUAUGUGAGCCUUCUGUAAAAUCUUUGUGUGAGGGAUUGGAAAAAGCUAUUUUCCAACUGAAGUCAGGAGCAUUGCCACCUCCAGAAAAUAUCCAUAACAUUGUAAAGACUUUCUACACCUGGAGGAACGUUGCAGAGAGAACUGAAAAAGUGUACGACCAAGUGGUAGGAGAAGCUGUGUUACCCAUGAGCAAACGGCUGGACAGACUCAUCUCUCACUGUGGCCCUGUGACAGGCUGCAUUUUUGCUCUGUUGGCUGUAUUCAACUUUCUCUUCCUCGUUUUCCUGAGAUGGGUGACUCCAGAUUCUUUCAUUGAUGUUGCAGUAGAUGCCACAGGGCCAAAGGGUGCCUGGGCUCAUCGAUAUCCUUAUCAAUAUAGUAAAAGGGGGGCUGAGAAUACUGAGCUGUCUGAAACAAGAUAGAAGAAAGCCUGAAUUGUGAGAUUUUCAAUACUUGUAAUAGUUCUAUUAAGACUAUUGAAAAUAACCUUGCUUUUUUUCUUUUUCAUUUUAAACUUAAUUUAGUAAGUUAUGCUACCUCUAUAUCAUUCAAUGUUUUAUUUUGAGGAAAGAUAAACACUUAUGCAAUUCCUGAGUG